AAAUACUUCAUUGUAAACAGAGUUCGACAACAGUUGAUCGCCAGUAAUCGUAUAAUUAACAGUUUAACAGAAAAUCUUACAGGAGAUCCAAGAUGUUUAAGAUCAUCGCAUUGGUUGCCUGUUUGGCUGUCGUUGCCUCCGCCCAGUACUACGGAGGAGAUCACGGCCACCAUCAUGAAGAUUAUCAUUCGCACCCGAAAUAUAAGUUCGAAUAUGGUGUCAAGGAUGGACACACCCACGAUCACAAGAGCGCUUGGGAACACCGCGAUGGAGACCACGUGAAGGGACAGUACACUCUGGAUGAGGCUGAUGGCACCCAUCGCGUUGUGGACUACAGCUCGGACCAUAAGGGAGGAUUCCAGCCUCAUGUUCAGCGCAAGGGACACGCUCACCACCCACAUCAUGGAGAAAGCUACGCCAAUAUUGAGCAGCAUUAUUGAACAUUGAGAACUGUGAUGGAUGCUUUGUGAAAUGACUGUGAAUAAAUAGCGCAUUGUGAUCAACUUGAA